UGCAUCUGGCAUCACUACUUAUCAAUUUAUUUGAUUGGGAAAUAUUACAUUUUUUAAGUUUGAAAUGUCGUUUUUACGCAGCGUAGCAUCCUGUUUGUUGACUGGCCGGGUGCAAGCACAAUCACAAACAGGACAAGCACGCCGUCACAUUAAGCGCUGGGUUGCACCGACGUUACGUGAAUUAGCUCACCGGCAACAGAAAAAGGGUCCCCAAGGACCAGAGCCUCGGUCUGGAUAUGUGGAUUGGAACUAUCGAUCGGAAUUAUUUGCUUUCGGCAAGAGAUUGAGUGAGAAUUUUGAAUUGCCAGUGCUACAACAAGCCUUUACGGAUCCUUCAUAUGCCCACAAGGAAGAAGAACGUCAAAGGAAAUUUGGUAUAGAGGAAGAGGAUCUGAAAAUCGCGCACAAUGCACACCUAGCUGAAAAAGGGGGGCAUUUAGCCACAGCCUAUGUGGAAGCUUAUCUGAAGCAAUCUUUACCGAAGGUUCCUAAAGAAGGGCUUGAAGCCCUAGCGAAUUAUCUUUUAAGCACAGAGACUUUAGCCAAUGUAUCCAGGCAUUUAGGUAGCAUAGAGCUGAUUUAUUCCUCAGAAUAUCCGCCUAGCGAUAAGAUUUUGGCAAACUCUUUAAAGGCAGUGAUUGGAGCACUCUCCGAUUCCAGUGGUGUUGAACGUGCAUUUACGUUUGUAAGGGACUUUAUAUGCACGCAACUGAAUCAAAAGGAUUUACUGGAGAUAUGGACACCAGUGGAGCCCUUUAAAUUACUUAAGGAGGCUUGUCAGCAGCGACAAUGGAGUGAACCCGAGCCUCGUCUACAAGGAGAUUGUGGAAAAAACACAGUUCUGGCCGCUUACCAAGUGGGCAUCUAUUCGAAUCGACAAAUGUUAGGCAAAGGUUUUGGUGAAACUGUGCAAACGGCUAAGGAGAUGGCUGCAAUUGACGCAUUGCAAAAACUAUUUGAUUUACACGACAACCGACGGCCGUUCGAUUUUAGUCUUCAAGUAGAGACGAAAAAUGUGAGGCUGGGAUAGGGAUUUAUAAAAUUGUUUCCUUGUCCUAA